CACUGAUCGCGAGAGAUUGGCAAUCACCAGUACAGUGUGCCGCAAACUUCACCCUCCAACACCUGGUCUGGGCGUAUCGAUCCAGGAACAAGAGGACUCCAGAAGACACUACUUCUUUGUCGCCUCCUUUCAAUUUGCCCCCGAACCAGCGCAUCACGGCAUUGUCGACAAGUGUGAUUUCUGCGGGUUGUCGUCUGCCUUUCUCUCCAACCAAAGGUCUGGACUUGAGCCUAUUUCCAACCCAUCGAACAGCCGGUGGUGUCUAUCGUUCCUACCCCUUGGCUAGUCUGUAAUCCAGACAACUUUGCCACACCUAUUCGAAAGGGAUUUCUCCAUCACAGCUCGCAGCAACACCCAAGGGUUGAACAUCAUCCCAACUGCAGUUCGGAAAAAAAAAAAAAAGGCUUCGACCAAACUCGUCAGUAUCAACCCAUCCAACGCUGCACACAGAGACUGGAAGUAUCCAUCACCAAAAUGGCGAGACCGUCUCGUCGAUCCCAAGCUCAGGCUGCCCAGGCUGCGCAAGGCCAGAACCAGACUCCCCAGCAGGGUCAAGCAGCUCCUCAGGAUGAUGGUGCAGGCACAGUCCGUAUCACCCGCCACAUCUCUGGACCACAAUCGGCUUUGACCGACUACCUUGCUGCCCACAACAUCUCUGCAAACCAGAUUCGCCGGGAUGCAGACCAGCGGCGUGCUGCUGCUGCUGCCCAGAAUCAAGCAGACAAUGCCAACGGAGAUGAUGAUGAGGAGACCGAGGCCGGCCCUUCAACAGCCUCUGCCGGGGCUGCCCAGUCCGGCCGCAAUGAGACGGCGGCUGAGAAGGCGAAGCGCCAGAAGAAGGAGCAGAUGGCCAUCGCCAAAAUCAAGGCCUCCAAAGCGUUUAAGAAGCGCAAGCACCGGGACGGCAUGGAUUCAGAGGACGAGGACGACAUAGCACGCGCCCUAUUCGAGCAGAUGGCCCAACCCUUGCCAGGCCAGAUGGAUAACUGCGCCAUCUGCAAGAAGCGCUUCACCGUCACCGCCUACUCGCUGAGUGGCCCCGAGGGCGGUCUACUUUGCGCGCAGUGCAGCAAGGACGAGGCUGCCAAGAAGGGCAAGGGCAAGCAGAAGCCCAAGAAACCCGCCGGUGGCCAGGGCAAGCGCCGCAAGAUGCAGAGCAACAUCCUCGACGGCACCUAUCAGACUGGUGCCAAGAACCUGACCACUCUCUGCAUCGAGACUCUGGCCAAGAAUGUCGACCUCGCCGACAGCUUGGGCGAUUUGCCGGACCAGGUGGUGGACAAGAUUGCGCGACUCUUCUCCAAGCGUCGACUGCUCAGCCCUGUGACGCUGCCCCUGUUUGUGCAGCCGUCGACCACGGUCCUCCACAUCUACGACGGCGCCAAGCUGGGCUCGAACGAGUUCGAGAGCAUCUUCCAGACGGCACCCAACCUCAAGAGAUUCAAGGCUCGCAACUCUAUUCAGUUCAAGGACGAGGUCAUGGACUACCUUCUGAGUCGCGACAUCAAGCUUACGCACUUUAUCCUGCACGGCGCCAACCUCCUCAGCGACGAGAGCUGGACCAAGUUCGUCCAGCAGAAGGGUGCUCAUCUGGAAGCCAUCCAGGUCUACUACACGGACAAGCACGUUGGCGACGAGCUGCUUGCUCUCCUUCCCGAGACUUGUCCCAACCUCAAUCGCCUCAAGGUCUACCACAACCAAAAGGUCACCAACGUCGGCGUCAAGUCAAUCGCCGACAUCAAAUCUCUGAAGCACCUGGGCCUUCACCUGCAGCACGACAUCACCUCCAAGAGCCUGGCCCAUAUGAUCCACGGUGUAGGCAAGGACCUGGAGACGCUCUCCUUGAAGAAGAUGCCCACGGCCAACGACGAGGUGUUGAGCGCGAUCAGAGACACCUGCCGUUCUCUCAAAAAGUUCCGCAUCACCGACAGCGAGCACAUGACGGACGAGGGAUUUGCGGACCUCUUCAACAACUGGGAGAACCCCGGCAUCGAGAUCGUUGACCUCCAAAAGUGCCGCUACCGCGACUCGACCAAGCCCCGCGAGAACGAAGACGGCAUUGGUCUCUGCUCCGACGGAUUCCGUGCCCUCAUGAAGCAUUCCGGCAAGAAGCUGAAGAAUCUCAACAUCCACGCUUGUUGUCACAUCAAGCGAGAGGCGUUCGAGGACGCCUUCUCUGAGGAGGACCAGUACCGCAACCUCGUCAAGCUCGAGAUCAGCUUCAUCGAGGAGGUGGAUGAUUUCGUGCUUGGACGCAUCUUCCGAAGCUGCCCCAACAUUCGCGAGAUCAACGUCUUUGGAUGCAUGAAGGUCAAGGAUGUCCGGGUCCCCAGAGGCAAGGUCGUCGUUGGUGUUCCGAACGCCAUGGGAAUGGUCGUUGAAGGUCGCGACGAUUAACUGCAGCUUUGUAAGGACGUUGGGAGUUUGGUAAAUAUUCGUUGAUCGCCACGAUCUGUGGCAUCUAUCCAGGCCUAUGUUUCUCAGGGUCAGGUUGGACCGGCGUUAUGGUGGAACCUCGGGUACGGGGCGUUCGGCCGGAUUUACUCAUUCAAAAGGACAAGUUGGCCGG